GCUUUUUCUGGGCCUGUCGGGGGUUCGUUUUCUCUGCGCCGGGGUGCGGGGGCCCCUCAGUAUCCUGUACAAUGAGUGGGGCAGGGCCCCUUGUGACGCUGAGCAGAGCCCGGAGAGAUCAGGGCCGGCGGGGACUGGCUGCGACCAUCCCGCUCGCGGGCUGCUAGCGGGAUGGGUCUGUGCACGUCCACGCUGCCCCACAUGGGCAGGUCCCUGAGGCCCCAGGAGAAGGACAUCCUCCGGUCACCCCUGAUCAUCUUCGUGGUGGGCGGCCCAGGCUGCGGGAAGGGAACCCAGUGCAAAAAUAUGGCCAUCAAAUAUGGCUUCUAUCAUGUGGGCCUGGGCCACCUGCUGCGGCAGGAGGCCCAGAAGAGCACCCAGCGGAGCCUGCAGAUCCGUGACAUCAUAGGGCAAGGACUCCUGGUGCCCACGGGCCUCAUCCUGGACAUGAUCAGUGACAUCAUGUUGUCGCACCCCAAGAGUCCUGGCUUCCUCAUUGAUGGCUUCCCCCGGGAAGUGGGUCAAGCCAAGGAGUUUGAGCGGAUUGUGGGCCGGGCCCCCAACAUUGUCAUUGUGUUUGACUGCUCCAUGGAGACCAUGGUGCAGAGGGUCGUGCGGCGCAGCCUGGUGGAACACUGGGCUGAUAACCACUCAGAGCUGGCCAUCCGCAGGCGCCUGGAGAUGCACUACACCUUAUUUGAACCUGUGCUGACUUUUUACCAGCAGAAGAACCUGCUACGAAACUUUAUCUCCUCGAACAGAUGGAAAGACAACAGACCAGAGGUUAAAUUCUCCCUAUUUUCUAAGGCUGGCUCAACAUGAAGGAUCCCCAUUUUGGAAGGACAAGGAUGCAAGACGUGAGUGAGGGCGAGGGCCAGGGCCAGGAGCCACGCCUGGGGCCUGCAUGAGGGCUCCCCCACAGCCCCAGGUGGCCAUCGCGCUCUCACCAAACAAACCAAAUAGAAAACCAACAAAACAAGCCCCCAAACAGAACAAAAUGGAGAAAAAAAAUAAAGUUUUUUUCACAGAUGAA